AUGCUGGCCCUUGAAAACUCGCAGCCACCGCCGCUGUUCAGGAAGGAGUCGAUUUUCCGACGCUUCACAAGAAAAGAAAGGCCCCUUGACAUCUCGAGCCCCAUCAUUGACCGAGUCCACGAACCACGACCACAGCCACAACCACGACCACAGCCACAACCACAACCACAACCACAACCACAGCCACUGCCACAAUCACCGCCACAAUCACCGCGCAAGCUACAGCGCCGCUCAAACGAACACCGACUCGAGCGCGUGCCCGAGUCAGCGCCCUCCCUGCCACCCCUCAACACCCAGCCAAAGAGAUUCAUCACCCACAUCCGCGUCGACUCAGCCUCGUUCCCGGACCUCCCCAUCUCGCAGCACUUCUCCCAGCAGCACCCCACCUCACCAGCGCGGUCCCAGCACUCAAGCCGACGCAGCACAGACAGCAGCAGCAGCAGCAGCUCGAGCAGCUCGCGUGUCCCACGCACCGCACACGCGACCUCGCCCUUCCCGCACAACACACGCAUCGGGACGUGGGACCUCUUCCUGCCGCCCUCGCAGGUGCACGCGCUGUACACGGGCUUCUCCCCCUUGCAUCUCGCGGACCGCUGGUUCGUCUUCUCAGAGGGCCCGGACGUCAACGGGAAGCUGAAGGUUCACUUCCACCGCGCUUGGACUGGGCUCAAGGUCGCGGAGCUUUUUGUUGUCAUGGAUCUCAAGGGCGAGGGGGCCGGUAAGGUCGUCGGCGUCAAGUGGAACGGAAGCGAGCAGACGGGCCGCAUGGUGGAGGCGGAGGCUAAGCAGACCGUGAGGGGGGCCUGUAGGGGGGCGUUGGGGAUUGAACUUGAGGGGGAGGCGUUUUGA